AUGACGAAGACAAUGGCAAUGAAGAUUCUUGUGGAGGAUAGUGAUUCUUUGUUCUUAGAACUAGAAGAAUCUGAACAUAUUAGAAAAUACGUAGUAGCUGCAAUUAUUGAUCAAAAGAAGGCCAUUGAAAUUCUUAGAAAAGAAAAGACUGAUCUCUUGGCAGAAACUACUGACCAUAGGGAACUAAUAGCAAAGCCCUUGACUGAGUCAAAACCUGAAAGCUUUGAAAGAGGAAAUGAGAUAGUAAGUGAGGAAUAUUCUAGGAUUGAAGAUGAGGUGAAGGCCUUGAGAUUGAAGGGAAGUGGUCAACAAUGGUUCAUGGAUAGUGGAUGUUCAAAACACAUGUCUAGGAACACCACAAACUUUCUUUCACUAAAAACCCUGCAAAGAGGGAGUGUAUCCUUUGGCAAUGGCAAAAAGUGGCACAUUCUUGGAGUUGUAAAAGUUGGGAAGUCACUCACUCACACUAUUGAAAAUGUGUACUAUGUCAACGGACUUAAGUAUAGUCUCCUGAGUGUCUCUCAAAUUUGUGAUAAGGGAAACAAACUGGAGUUCUUGUCCAAAAUAUGUACAGUCACUGACCUUGUGACUGGUGAAAUAGUCCUGGUGGCCAAAAGAUACAAGAACGUCUAUGUUGCUGAUUUCGAAUCCUUAUAG